UCUCUAUUUGUUGUCUGUGCGAGGGUUGUUACGACUGGUAUUUUGUUAAACAAGAGCAAAGUAUGUAAAGGUCAUUCUGAUUUUUGUUUAGCUUAUACUAAUGUACUGUUUGUACUUCCCUCUCUGUUGAUCUGUGUCUAUCUGUAUGAGCAACGUUCUUUCCAGCUAUGUGAUAUUGACACUUGUGGAGCCCUCCUUUGCUUCACAACUGUUUGUGUUGGAAGCAGUGUGGCUGAACAUGGACAAGAUGCUGUAUGUGGUGAAAAAACCAAUGAGGAAAGCGCGUAAAAAAGGAAAGUAUGUUUACAUCAUUAUAUUUAUUGUCUUCGCUACUGCUUUGUAUGUGGCUCCUCCCUUGCGGUCUAUUGCUAAUCUACCAACGUACUGCUUGAAAAUGAUAUCUCCAUCGCAGAACUCUAAAGAUACACCACUCUCUCACCUCAAGCAUUCAGAUACCGCAAAAGCUCCCAAAGCUCUGCAGCAGAAGUGUGGCUUACCAGAGGCUUGCCCCAUAGGCAUGUUUGCUUUCAGCAUCAGGAGUGGUGCUGCAAAUGUUAUCCCGCCUGCAAUGUGUUUUAAUGGCGAUACGAUUAUGAGUGGUGCCAUGAGAAAUACAGGUGACGGACUUAACAUUGCUGUAAUCAAUGCCCGUACAGGAGAUGUUAUGAGAACAAACUCCUUUAACAUGUGGCAUGGUGAAAUAAAACUUCUGGUGCCAUUUCUGAAGGCCAUCGAGGACAACACGUUUGUACUGAUUGCGACAUUUGAUGAUGGGGCAACUAAGAUGACAGAUGAGGCCAGAACAUUAAUUGUGGAGUUUGGGAGUUCAAAAAUCAAAAUAUUGGGCUUCCGUGAUAACUGGAUAUUUGCUGGAGGCAAAGGAUUCAGUAGGGAAAGUCCAUUUGAGCAGUACUUGAAAAACAAUAGGUCAAGCAACAAGUAUGAUGCCUGGCCUGAGCUGCUGGAAAUGUCUGGCUGUCUUCCAAAGAAGCUGGACUGAAACUGGACAUCGUUUUGUGUGUGUGUGUGUGUGUGUGUGUGUGUGUGUGUGUGUUAAUACUUACCAGAGAAAUGUUACAUGAAUAAUGCAAAAAUGAAGGAAAGGAUGUCUAUAACUACUUAAUGUACAUAAUGAGAGAAUAUCAGUAUUGCUUAUAAAAGCUCACAAUAUUUUUAUGUUUUUAAUAUGCACAUUUUGAAGAAAACUGUUGUAACUUAAGACAUAGAUUUUUGUUGUUGUUGUAGGUUAGGCCUACAUGAAUACACAUUUUAUAACAACUGAUGAAGAGCUACACUGUUGCUUUAUUAAAGAAAGGCAAAUAAAUGGCAUUGUAUAACCUUUUUGG